UCAGUUUCAACAAAAUGGCUGCGCGAGCGCCUCAAACGAGAACCCUGUGACCGCUCCACGUCAGUGCAGAAUCACUUUAAAUGGAUGCAUUGGAAUCUCCCUUCCUUUCUGAGCGUCGGGACAUUUACUCGUGUGGACUCGUUUACAUACGCAUUAACGAACUAAAGGCAUGCUGAAAUACACACUUUACGCACUUUAUGUACACCCAAAAGCAUCCAGAAGCUCAAACUACUGCCAGUGCGCGCGCGUCUGUGUGGGUGUCUGUGCGCGUGUGUAGCGUCUCCUAAGGAUCGCCGAGAUGUUACAGCUGAUCAACCUUAGGCUUGCUUGCUGACGUGCACAACUGUGGUUUGAUGUCCCUUUCACUGUUUGCACUGGAGUUUUAGAUUUUUUCCCCCCUCUCUGGAUAAAUUCCGCUGCAGAUUGAGAGGCGAAUUCCUCAACUGGAAAGUCGGGCUCGCCAUUGCAGCUCAGUGUCUGACUGCGACUGAGUAAUAUCUGCUCUGUGUCAGGACGGGGAUCGACUACAUCCUCCGUCACCGUGCAGCUCAUGCGUCGCAUCUGAACAGCAGACCGCGGGUGCUACGUGUGCGAAAUAAAGCCUUGGCACAAAGCACGUCACACAAGAGGAGAACCAUUUGAUGGAAGAAAAGAAAAAGAAAAAGCAAGAGGAAAAGAAAAAGAAGGAAGCUGCUCAGAAAAAGGCUGCUGAACAGAAAACCAAAGUGCCAGACUCUGCCAAGCCCAGCCCCACCCCUCCUCCCCCCACCAACCCCAGCACCGCCACCAACCCGUCUGUGCCCUCUGCCAGCAGCAGCACUGGUGGCAAUGGCAAGCGCACACCCUCCGGCAACCAACAGCAGCAGCCGGCAGCCCCUCGCUACCCGCCCCGAGAGGUGCCCCCUCGUUUCCGUCAACAUGAACACAAGCAGCUACUGAAGCGGGGCCAACCUCUGCCCGCCGGAAGUACAGCUCUCGUGCAGCCAGUGUCCACCAACCCUACGUCUCAGGCCUUCUCCUGCCAGACCCACCCAGAGCUGCCCCCACAGAGUGGCCUGGCAGCCCAGUAUGAGAAUAUAUCCCCCAAUCGCAGUGCCACUACAGCCCCUACCAACAGUUGCAGCGGCUGGGAUCCACUGAUUAUUGACAAGCACGAUACGGAGGCGUGGCCUUCCAUUUCAAGCAAAGAAAGCCACGCCCUUGCAGGAUGCCCCUUAGACACUGAAAGUAUCAGUGACAUCAGCAGAAUGAGCAUGGCCACAGGAGCUGGCCAGCAAGGACAUUUCUCCGCCAAUCAUCCCAGCAAAGCCAAUGCCAGCCACUCAGGAGGUCUACUCUCUAGUCAGAGUGGGGCCAGCAGAGGCUGGGGCUCUGGCCCGUCUCCUUCCAGUGGAGGAGAAGGGAAGAAUGAAGUCUCCAGCACAUCAGUGGGAGCCAGGAGUUGGGGCUCCUCUAACUUUAACUUGAACUUAAACCCCAACGCCAACCCCUCUGCCUGGCCAGUUCUGGGACAUAAAGGGACCGGCAUGGGUGGUGGCAGCUCUGGAGAAAGCAACCUUCCUCCUCCUAAUCUCUGUAGCCCACCGGGCACUCUGCCCAGUCAGUGCCCUAGCAGCAGUGGCAGUAUAGGUGGUGCCAAUGGAAAUUCUGCAGGUAGUGGUGGCAGUGGCAACACCACGUGGGGUAGCAUUGUGCCCAGUGACUCCUCAGAGCCACACUCCAUCCCAUCCACGAAUGUGUCUUUCAGCUCUGAACCUCAGAACCUUAACACUGAUGGACCAAAUAACACUAAGCAAGAGCCCAGAAGCCCUGGCCAUAGCCUGCCUAGCUGGGGAGUUGGACCUCCAGGCAUGUGCUCGUUUGUUCAAAAUUCAGGAGGAGCCUUACAGGUCAACGGGGAUGAAGAACCUGUUUGGGGUAAUGGAGAUGCCAAGUCUGGUGGUGGCUCAAAAGACUCUGGUUGGGACUCAGGGAGCAGCUGGGGACAAGGAGGGGCCUCGGGCACUUCUGGAUGGGGACAAGCUGCCUCAACUGGAGACUGGGGUAAGCAUUCCAACACUGAGGCCAAAGGAUGGGAUUCCUCAAGCUCUCCCACCCAAGAACAGCCGCUAAACUCUUGGGUCCGUGGGGCCAAUGCCCCAGCCAGUGAGGGAAGCAGUGACAGCAUGGAAUGUCAUCCUCGCCGGAGGGUCCGCUCAUCAACAGAUGAGGCUCCCCCUAUUCUGCCUGCCCAGGAUAUGGACCCUCGGGUUCUGUGUAACACAGGCUGGGGACAAACACCAGUGCGUCAGCACACCGCUUGGGAGACCGAAGAAGCUGCACGUUCCAACAGUAAGAAUGACAUUGGAACUGAAGCCUGGGGCUCGUCCUCAAAUGCAGCCAAUGUUGGACCACCACCAACUUCUGGAAGUGCCAACCCAAACUCUGGCACUACAUCCAGACCUGACUCUGGGGGCAAGAAUGAGGGUCCUUGCCCCAGUGGAGCUGCACCUGGAUGGGGCACAGCCAUGCCAUCACCCCAGGCUAGCUCUGGUUGGGCAGAUCCUACCAGCAACAAGAAACCUUCCAGUGGUCCUGGAAGUUGGGGCAGUAACCCAGCUGGAGGUUCAGGUGGCAGCCUGCAGAAAAGUGGUCAGACUUGGGGUUCAGAGGAAAAGUCUCCUACAUGGGAAGACAGUCACACGAAAGCCAAACCACAGGGGUGGACUGAUGUGCCCAAAACUUCUCACGGAUGGAGCAAUGGACCUAGUGGAGAAAGCAGGCCUGGAGGAGAAUGGGGUGAAUCUGGAGAUGGAAAGAAAAAUGGUCCCACCAGCUCUACCUGGGAAGGAGAGGGUACCAGCUGGAAUGAGAGCUCCAGAGGAUGGGGAAAGCCUACUCCAGGAAUAGGAGGAAACUGGGGAGAUGCACAACACUCCAGUGGGCCAUCACAAGGAUGGAAUAACAAGCCCCAGGAGGGCACCAGUGGCAAUAGUGGCAGUGGAAACAUGGGUUCUUGGGGAGGUCCUAACUCUGUAAAGCAGAGUGGCUCUGGAUGGGGAGGAGGAAAUGGUGGAGGUGCUAAACCUGACCACAUUGGAGAGCCCACUGGAUGGGAGGAGCCCUCUCCACACUCCAUCCGACGUAAGAUGGAGAUCGAUGAUGGUACCUCAGCUUGGGGUGACCCAAGCAGUUACAACAAGACAGUCAAUCUCUGGGACAGGAAUAACCCUGGAAUGCAAGGCAAACCAGGACCUGGCAAUGCCAACAGUGUACCCAACAACCAUCAUCAUCAUCCCCACCAUAACCAGCCUCCCAUGCAGACCCACAGCCAUGGAGGGCCAAGUUCAAACAAUAAUCACAUUUCCCCUGAUAACGCUGUCCCACAUCAAACAGGGCCAACUCACAAUAGACCAACCCUUAUGAAUCCAGGAUGGGGCGAGACGACAAAUGUCCAUCCAAAACCUGAGCCCUCAUGGGGAGAGCCAGCCACCCCUGCAGCAAGUGUGGACAAUGGCACUUCAGCAUGGGGUAAACCCCAAGGUGGCUGGGGUGAUAAUGGUCCUGAAGUCUAUGGUCGAGGCAACGGACCUCCUGGAUCUGCCCCCUGCAAACCUGCCCCCAAAUCUAUGCAAGAUGGCUGGGGUGGUGGAGAGGACAUGGGCCUGUCUGCAGGGCAGUGGGAGCAGGAUGAGGGUGACAUGUGGAACAGCACUGCAUCUCAAGAGAGCAACUCCUCCUGCAACUCCUGGGGCAACCCACCCAAAAAGGGCCCACCAAAGGGAAAAGUCCCAAACAAACCGGAUGAUACUUGGAUAAUGAAUCGUCUUAUUAAGCAGCUGACUGACAUGGGCUUCCCUAGAGACCCUGCAGAAGAAGCUCUCAAGAGCAACAACAUGAACUUGGAUCAGGCCAUGACUGCCCUAUUGGAGAAGAAGACCGAACUUGAUAAACGGGGGAUGGGAAUCUCUGACUACAACAACGGCCUAGUCAAUAAACCAAUGGGCUGCAGGCCUUCAGUCAUCUCCAAAGAAUCCUCCUCAGAUCGUCCCCCCUACUUGGACAAGGAUGCUGGGCUAGCAGAUGAUGCCCAAACCUCACCGUUUAUGCCUUCUCCGAGCCUGAAGCUCCCAUUGGGUAGUGCUGCACUCCCUGGCCAGAGCCUAGGAGUUGCGAUGCAAAACUUGAACAACAGACAGAUGCAGAGUGGAGUGUUUGGUAGUAGCGGAGCAGCACAAGCCCGGGCCCUGCAGCAGCAGCCCCCUCCCCAGCCGUCAGUGCCACCUCUCAACUCGUCCCAGCCUAGUCUACGCGCUCAAGUGCCUCAGUUUUUCAGCCCUCAGGUUCAAGCACAGCUUUUACAGUUUGCAGCAAAAAACAUUGGUCUCAACCCUGCACUUUUAACCUCACCAAUAAACCCUCAGCAUAUGACCCUGUUGAACCAACUUUAUCAGCUGCAACUGGCGUACCAGCGUUUACAAAUUCAGCAGCAGAUGUUGCAGGCACAGCGCAGUGUUUCUGGCCCCAUCCGACAGCAAGAGCAGCAAGUUGCACGUACAAUCAAUAACAUGCAGCAACAGAUCCAGCAGCACCAGCGGCAGCUGGCUCAGGCUCUGCUGAUGAAACACCAACAGCAGCAGCAGCAGCAGCCACCCGCCUCACACCCGGGCCUGCAUCCCAGCGCAGGCAAAUCAGCUCUGGACUCAUUUCCAGCCCAUCAUCAAGCGUCCAGCCUCUCUGUUUCCGACCUUCAGACCAAAGAGCCGCAGUCUUCUCCAAACUACUCCUCACCCUACCCUAUUUCCGGAUUGAACCCUAACAUGAAUGUAAACUGCAUGGAGGUGGGUGGCCUGUCCAUGAAGGACUCUCCUCAGCCUCAGUCACGCCUGUCACAGUGGACACACCCAAACUCCAUGGAGAACCUCUCUGGCAACUCCUCUCCAAUGGAGGCCAACUUUAGCAAGCAUGGUGCCAUCUCUGCAGGCCCUAGUCUGGGUCCCCCAAGUAAGCCCCCACUGGAUGACUCCUACAGUCCCUACAAUCUGAUUGGCAGCUCCGAGUCUCCUGCCAGCCCCCUGGCACCUCAUGAUAGCUGGGGUCCGGGGAAGAACACCAAUGACAAGAUCUCCAAUGGGACCAAUGUCACCUGGCCUCCAGAGUUUUGUCCAGGAGUGCCCUGGAAAGGACUGCAGAAUAUUGACCCUGAAACUGACCCCAAUGUGACCCCAGGGAGUGUUCCCAGUGGGCCCACCAUCAAUACUAACAUUCAGGAUGUGAACCGCUACCUGCUGAGAGACAGGAGUGGAGGAAAGCUGUCUGACAUGAAGUCCACUUGGUCUUCGGGGCCCAUCUCGCACACCCAGGCUUCUCUCUCUCACGAGCUUUGGAAAGUCCCCCAAGGACCCCGAAACACGACGGCUCCCACACGGCCACCUCCAGGCCUGACCAACACCAAGCCCUCUUCCACGUGGGGCGGAAACACCCUGGGCCUGGUAGCUGGCUGGAGCAGCUCCUACUCUGCAGUAGGUACCACAUGGAGUACAGACAGCUCCAGCAGGAGCACUAGCUGGUUGGUUCUGAGAAACCUUACACCACAGAUUGAUGGUUCGACACUGCGGACACUGUGCAUGCAACACGGCCCGCUCAUCACAUUCCAUCUCAACCUGACGCAGGGUAACGCAGUGGUGCGCUACAGUUCUAAAGAGGAGGCUGCCAAAGCCCAAAAGUCCCUACACAUGUGUGUUCUGGGAAACACCACUAUACUGGCAGAGUUUGCUGGAGAAGAGGAGGUGAACCGCUUCUUUGCACAGGGUCAGUCCCUCACACCCACCACCAGCUGGCAGGCCAACCCCGGCACCAAUCAAACACGGCUGGGGGGCGGAGGGACGGUGGCCACACAUCCCAUCGGCCACUGGAACAGCAGCGGUCUCGGAGGAGGAGGAGCGGGCGGGACGGGGUCCGGCGGGAAGGCGAGCAACGAGCUGCUGUGGGGGGGUGUACCGCAGUACUCCAGCCUGUGGGGGCCGCCCAGCGCCGAGGACGGCCGAGUGGUGGGCAGCCCCACCCCAAUCAAUACGCUGCUUCCUGGAGACCUGCUGAGCGGAGAGUCCAUGUGAGAGCGCCAAGUGCUCGAACCCCCGAACCGCAGCGAAAUAUGAAACUUAACGAGCAAAAACCAAGCAAAUCAUUUGGCGAUAAUCAACGUCAGUGGAACUGUGAAAAACCAAGAGACAGGAGGCUGAGGCCACACUUGCAUAAAGGCUGCUGACCUUCUUCCUCUACUUGUUUGUUUUGUUUUGCGUCUCUGUGUUAUUUUGAUCAUAAGGCUUGGGUUACAGUAUUCUAUAGACUUCUAAUGAAGAACUGGGACUAAAAGAGAAGUGAACCUUUACCAAGACUUUUUCUCUAAUAACUGAAACCAGUGUAAAAGUGUAUUUUACUACAAACCGACAAGACAAGCUGCCAUUUUUUUUUUUUAAAUUCCUCUGGCACGAGCACAUCCUGUCAGCCCAAUCACAGCAUAUCGUCCUAUCCCCGAAGAAACGUGCGUCAUUCCAAACCGACUUUUCUUUUAGACUGGAUCCAUGGCUUUUCUCAGUUGUCCUCUGGAUUGUUUGGAUUAAUUAACAGCACUAAACUUUAGCCUUAACUGCUGAUCAGUCCCACUCCAUUUGAGGUCUGAAGAAACUCAUCUUGAGAAUUGCACAUUUUCUCAUUUCUGAGCCAGGACUGUCGAUCUCAGCCGCAGCCGUACGCGCAUUCGUCCUUCCUUGUUACCCUCGGUUGCCACCUGUCCUCGUAACUCUCGAAAGGACGAACAGGUAUCUGAUGCCUCUGCACAUUUGAGGCAUUUAUUCUUAAGCUGAGAGGACACAUGGACAGCUGAGGAAUAUAUUAACCACUGCUUACGAAAAAAUGUACAGGAAACACUUUUUCAGAUGGACUACUUUUUCUCUUUCAUUUUCCUAAACGACCUCGGUCUCUCCCUCAAAAAAAAAACUAAAACUAAAACAUAAGCCCUCAUUGUUGUUCGUCUGAAGUGCAAUAUAUGCCACAGACUCUUCUGUCCAUCUUUACGCAGUGCUUGUGAAAUGGUAGGAGCUCGCCUGGGGAAAUGGGGGGGGGGGGGCGUCAAAGACUCAAAGUCUCCUGCCGUGUCCACCGAGCGUGGGACUGAACAGAAGAGUACUCUCUCAGUGUGUAAGCCCAUGGUGAUGAAACAUUCACAAGCACUUCCUCUACACACUCAAGGACAAGUGUGACUACAGGGGCAACAGGGGCUUCAAACCAAAUAAGAGGUGUUUCUUGUAACCAGUAGAAGAAGUGCAUUUUUUUUUCAUUGUUGUUGUAUUUGGUACAAAAGUAUGGAACAAAGAUGGCGUGGUUUCUACAUAGCACUUAGCAAGAGCCGAUGCUCUUCAAUGCCAACAAAUGACACACGGACGCGAAACUGACAAAAAGCAACGAUGAAAAGCAAUCUACCGAACUUACGCCGAACGGAUUUUGCCGUUUCUUAUCUCCUUCGUCUUCGUCUUUCCACAGUCUUUUCAACUUUCAAGUCAGACAUUUCGAAAAUGGUAGCAAAUUGAAAGGAUGCCUGAUGAGGAGGAAAAAAAAAACCACAACAAGACUGAAGCAUUCACGUGUUUUUUUGUUUUUUUCUUUAAGAUGAUAUAUAUCAAAGUAAAUAUCACUGUUACAGUACUCCAAAAUCAUUAGCCUUUUGUCUGGAGAUGCUAGACGUGUUGUAAUGUUUCUAAUGGAUUCCGGCGGGGCCCCUUGCCCUGGCGGCCCCGUGUACCUGUAUGAUAAGUGUGGCCAUUGAGUGCCUAUCUGCUGUGGCGCCUCAGGUGCCCACACUCUGACUUUUGACCCGCUGUGCCAGGCCGGCGCACCAGAUGCCAGAACGGACCCGCCUGGGGCCCGGAGCAGUGGCUCCUUCAGACCUGGCCAAUCAGUACGUACUACUACUGCCGCCAGCACUCGACCUCGUCUCAACUUCACUCUCAUAGACUCUCUUUCUCCCUCUCAUGCAAAGAUCACUUUAGCUGGAAGUGGACAGGUUCGUUUUAUGUACUUUUUACGAUCGAUUGGGGUUUUCCCUUCUGGAAUUGCCAGUUUUGUUUUUUUUUUUUUAUUUAUUUUUUUUGGUCAACAUUGCUGUUGUUAUCGUCGUUGCUGUUGUUGAUGUUAUAUGGUUAUUUUGCGCUAUAUUUGGGUUUAUGUGUGUGUCAAUGCAGUGGUCUCUAUGGUAGCUGCUCUCACCAGCCCCUCUUGCUGCGCAUAUGCAGAAAAACACUCUGAUUAAGAGGCACACCUCAGCGUAAACGGCGGCGCCGAUUGAUCCAGAAUCACUCGUAGUGACGGAAAAGGGUUGUUUUGAGGACGGAGCGCACGUAGUGGCGAAAGGAAGAGUAGGUCGAUGGUGCUCAGUUUGUCUUCUGCCUCUCCUCUGCACGUUCCUCCGCUCUGGUGUCACCGCCCCGCCAGGCCACACACUCACACUGGUGCUUACGACAAAGGGCAGGCAGAGUACACUACUUUACCUGGUCGCCUCUUCUCACAGUAAUAAAAGCAAAUGAUAUCGGAGACUCGGUUCUCCACUUCUAUGCAAAGACUGACCGAGAGGUGCAGUUCACGGCCUUCAAUCUGUAGUUCUCUCCAAGCCCACUCUUCAGCUCACCAGGUGAUUGUGAGAAGGCAGCUUCCUUACAGUGUGGCCUAAAGUAAGAAACCGGCCCGAUGACCAGGCCCUCACUGUUUACUCUCUGAAUGAUCUCUUACAUUAUGUACAUGCAGUCUCAGGGCAGCCUCAGAGAACCCCAAACUGUUUUAUCGUUACGAGGAGGGCGCGAUUGCAUUAUCCCAUGUGGCUUUAAAGAUGCUAAAUGGGUUGGCGAGUGGACUCGGAGAAGGAUUGGUAGGAAGUCCCUCUGUUUUUGUUUUUUCUAAUGUACCUUUUCUCGAUCGUAGACCUAACCUAGACACAAGUCUAUCAGAGUGGAACUACUACUUUCUUGAAAUUAGUUUUGAUGUUUGGUUGUGUAAGGAGCACUUGGAGAUGGAGAGGUAGAAUGCAGGUUGGCACCAAGACAGACGGGUAGCACCCUGUCCCGGGUCUCAAAUAUAUACGUCUGGGACGACUGCUGACAAUUAAACAGGGAAGCCAGAAUGUUUAGGUGCACUGUAGAUGGUUCACAUUUGGGUACAUCUUUUCUUUCUUUUUCUUUUUUUACACCAAAAAAGGUUUUUGUCUGAUUAUUGUUAUUAAUAUUGUUGAAAAAGGAAACUUUAAUUCUGUACACUCUUGACUGAAGUGCUUCUCUCUGCAAGCCUUUGACGCCCUGAAGUGGCGGACAGAUGACUCUGGGGUUGCUGUAUUGAUGGUAUUAAAUUCUGUCCUGACCCGAUAUUAGGGGAACGGUGCAGAUUAUUUUUUUAUUUUAUUUUAUUUUAAACAGGUCCAGGUCCAUGUGGACCUAUUGUAUCAGGAGGCCUGGGGCACAUGCCAGCUGAUACCAAGUCUUAAAAGGGGAAAAUACUUUUCUGGAAGAAUUAUUUCACCCUUUUUUUCCCCCCACACUCGAGUGACACUAGCAAACAAUCACUAUUGCCUGUUUUUGAAUAUAUAUAUAUAUUUUUAACUGCCUUUCUCUAAGCUGUUUUCAAGACCACGAAAAACAAACGUCCAAAAUGUGUUUAAAAUCCAGAGGAUUGCCUGGCAGACAAGCUAGCUAGCCAACGAGUGCCCACUGUGUCCUCCACUGUGGGCUUAAACUGGGUCUUAUUGAUAGGACUAAUGUACUCUAGCUCCACGGCUCAGAUGCAACUAUGUUUAGAUAAAAAUCACAGGGCCUGGGUGGAGAUGAGCUCUAAGAAACACAAAUCCUCAUUCUUAGGGUCCUGGCUAGAAUAUAUGCACAUGCUGGUUUAUAUACAUGUACAUCUGAAAUCCUGUGUAUGUAUAUAACUGGUUCUCUUUUUUUUGUUUAUUUACCUUUACUUUGGUUUUCAGGCCCGAGUAACCCCCUGUUUCCGUCUCUCCAUAAAUUAACCUAGAUGAUGAAAAGCAUAAACAUAUCAAAAUUAUACAAAUUAAAAAAACACAAAUACUUGAAUCAUAAUAAGCGCCAAUAAUGUAAUGUGAAUUAUUUUUUUUAUUUUUAUUUUUUUGUAAUUUUGUCAUUCAUACACUUCCAAGCUUUUUGAUAACAUCAGUUCAAACUGAACGAAAAAAAAAAAAGUAGUUAAAAAAAAAAAAAUGCAAAGUGACAUCGGUUGUGAGUGUUUGCACAAGAUUGCGUGUACUGUAUGACGGAUGAAUGCGUUCAUUUGCCUGUGUGAGUGGGUUCAAACCAGUGUAUGCUAGUGAUUACUGUGGGUUUGUUUGCGCCUUUGUUUAAUUUUAAGCAUCUUAGUUUUUUUUUUUUUUUUUUGGCUAGUCAAAAUAUAUUCGUAUGUGUAUUGUUACGGUAUUUGUUAUUAGCUUUGUUAUUAGAGUUGCACUGAGUGUCUGCUUCCCCUCAUUCAGCUAAUCGUACAACAUGAUAUUAAAGUACUAAGGGGACAAGGUGACAAUUCAUGUGUUAAUGUUUACUCAAGGACUUAUUGAGAAAAAUAACAAGUGUGUGUGUGUUUUUUUUUUUUUUAAUCUAUAAUACGAUUAUCUACCUUAUAGUGGCUUUUAUUGUGGAAUAAUCCAUGAUAAAGAAAUGGAUUAUGUUGAGUAUUGCACCAUUAUGUUUUUCAGAUUAUAAAAAAAAAAAAAAAAAAAUGCAAAAUACAAUGAAAGAAAAAAAAGUAUAUAUAAGAUGUGGGGAUUUUUUUCUCGAAGAAGAAGAACUGUGGCCAUAGAUCGAUGUAGAGGGACUUGUAACUCCCCACGUUACACCACGUUGAGCCGGAUAGACAUCUGGAGAAGAGUUUCUUACAAGACUCAUUUCAGAGGUGCCUACCUUUUGGGUUUGUUUUUUUUAUGUUCAUACCUGUUCUAGUUUUUGUUCACUAUCUUCUUUGUGCAAGGCCACCAACAGUUUACACACAUUUCAUGUUUUUCUGAAGUUCAAGGAAAAGAAAUUUUGCGAUGGGAUUGUCAUGAGAAGAGAAAAAUCCUAAAGGACAUAUUCUUCCAUCGAAUGAAUAACAAAAACACUUUACGGAAUGAAGAUUAUUGUGCUACUUGCAGAACUCUGGGAUUGAUCAGUGUUGUCAUGUUUUUGUUUUAUUUUUUAUUUAUGUUUACUUUCAUAGAUUAUCAAAGCCUGUAUUUUUCUUUUCGAAGCAAAAAAAAAAAAAAAAAAAAAACAUUUCCUUUGUUGAAAAAAAAAAGAGAAAAGAAGACAUAAAUGUUCACUAUCUUGCACACACAAAAAGUGGAUCAUGUCUCAGGAAGGCAAGGGUUCCAGAGUACCAACUCCACGCCAUUUAAUGUUCGUUCUUAGAGAAAGACGAUAACGGAAGAAAAAAAAAAACAUAAGCACUGAAGGGUUAUGGAUUUCAGAAGAAGAAAAUACCUUUGUUUCUAAAUCCGUAGCAGUUACAUAUUUACCAAAUAAUGAACUCUUAAUGAACUUAAAAAAUGGAGUGCUUUAUAUAUAUGAAUCUAUAUACUGAAAUUGCUUUACAUUUUAAACAAAAUGAUCAAUGAUUUUGAUUGUUCAAAAGACGGUGAAAGAACAUACAGAUGCUGUAUGUUUGAAUCUUUAUUGUAUUUUCUUAACAUGAGGUCCCUUCCUGUUGAAAUCAGGACCAUUGUGCAUUACUAUUUCUUUCCUCUUUGUCAUUUUGUCUCUUGUGGCGGGUAUUACAUAAUGAGAAAUUGAAAAGAGGAGUUGGGGGGUGGGGGUGGACAGGGGUUCUAUAUCAAAUUGAUCAAUUUUAAAGAGAAAAAAGUCUGGUUUAUACGGAUCAUGAUCUAUGCACAAGGGGGUGGGCUUCUUAAAGCCCCUGUGACUCAUCUCUCAUUGGGAUUAGAGGGGUUCUUUCUGUCUUUUAUUGUACUCGCUCAUUUGCUCUUGUCUCCCUCCCCCACCAACCCCAUUUUAUGUCCCAUUUUUUAUGUUUCAUGUUUCUUACAUAUAGUACAUCGCCAGGCUGUGUAUUCCUAAACCAAUGAACGUCUCAUUCUGAAGCACUGUGGGGUUUUUUUGUAGCCCAUGACUUUCAAGGUUGUCUGUGUUCUGCGUGUGUGUGUGUGUGUGAGACUGAGUGUGUGUUACUGGGAUGAGUGUGGAUGGAGAUACUGGGUUGAUACUUUCGUCUUUUGAUUUUAAAUGUUAAGGAAUAUGUCUGUACUGAGAUUUUAAGAAGUCAGUGGCUUUUAAUGUUUUGGUUUUCUCUCUCUUUUUCUCUCCUCAUAGAAUGUGAUUGUUGACAUGCACCGAAAAAAAAAUGUUUUGAACUAUGGAGCUUCUUUCAGACAAUUAAUAAAUUGCAUUUUUGUUCUUGGCU